AUGAAGACCAAAGAAGCCGCAGAAGUUCUGGGCUGCUCAGUAGAUGCCUCGCCAGAAGAAAUCAAGAAGUGUUUUAGACGACUCGCUAUGAAAUGCCACCCUGAUAGACCAGGUGGUUCGGAAGAAGGCUUUAUGCGUCUUAAUCAAGCCUACGAUCUUAUGCGCCAAAAGGACAAAGAUCAAUCUAAUCCCAUAACCAAGAACAUGUUCGACCGUUUCAGACAUAUUUAUGAAGGUUCCUCAGAAGAACAAGAAGAGAUAAUCAGUCUUUAUCGAAAAUAUAAAGGUAGUUUAGCCAAAAUAGUUGACCAUAUGCUCCUAGGUGAAGACGAACAAGAACCAAGAUACCGAGCUAUUUUAGACCCACUAAUCACAGCCGGAACUCUACCUCAAUAUCCUGCCUAUCGCCGCCACCUCCUAACUAACAAAAAGCGACAAGAAAAGCGACAAAAAGAAGCCGAAAUGGCAGCUAAACUAGCACAAGAUUUGGAGGCAAGAGCCAGCAAUCGAGAAGAUCGUUGGAAUGCCAUGAUCGCCAAAUUAGAGGCACAAACUACCCGAAAGCAUAAAUAA